UCCCGAUCGCCGCUCCGGCCACCGCCGCGGAGGUGGGGGGGGGGGCGGGCGGGCGGGGGAGCGAGCGCGGGGCCCGCCGGCCGCGGCGGCGCGAUGCUGCUCUUCGUGGAGCAGGUGACAUCGAAGGGGGCUGGCUUGAACCCCAACGCCAAAGUGUGGCAAGAAGUCCCCCAGGGGAGUGGUGAGGCCGUGCCCCCCUCAAAUGGCACCGAGCACACGUGGCAGGAGACGGCGGCGGCCCAGGGGACCCCGGCCGAGGGUAACAUAGAGCUCUCAGAGGACAGCUGCAAGCAGUAUGAAGUGAUGUAUUCCCCGUCCUGUGAGGCCACAAGGAAUGGCACAGGAGCUGAUGAAGCCUCUGCCAACGGGAUCAUCCUGGCGACCGAAGACCUGGGAUACCAAAUCUAUGAAGUGUCUGGUGACGGCCCCUCCGCCGUGUCCACGGAAGACAUCAGGGAAUGUUUGAGGAAACAACUUGAAUUCUGCUUCUCCCGUGAGAAUCUUUCAAAGGAUCUCUACUUGAUGUCUCAGAUGGACAGCGAUCAGUUUGUUCCAAUAUGGACAAUUGCCAACAUGGAAGGGAUUAAGAAGCUGACAACGGACAUGGACCUUAUUCUUGAAGUUCUGAGAUCUUCUCCCAUGGUACAAGUGGACGAGAGAGGGGAGAAGGUCAGACCAAACCACAAGAGGUGCAUUAUCAUCCUCCGUGAGAUCCCCGAGACAACACCCAUAGAGGAGGUGAAGGCCCUGUUUAAGAACGAGAACUGCCCCAAGGUGAUAAGCUGUGAGUUUGCUCACAACAACAACUGGUACGUUACAUUCCAGUCCGACACAGACGCGCAGCAGGCGUUUAAAUACUUAAGGGAAGAAGUGAAAACCUUUCAGGGCAAGCCAGUAAUGGCCAGGAUCAAAGCCAUCAACACGUUCUUCGCCAAGAAUGGUUACCGGGUGCUGGACUCCAGCGUGUACCCCCAGCCCGUGCAGACCCAGGCCCAGUUUGCCUCCCCCCUGUUCAUGCAGCCUGUAUAUAGCCCUCAGCAGUACUCCAUCUACAGCAUCGUGCCUCAGACCUGGUCUCCAAAUCCUGCACCUUAUUUUGAGACCCCACUGAGCGAGGAACCACUCUCUGAAACGUUCCUUUACGUGCCAGCAGGUUUUGAUGUGAAUUGUUGUUGCUUUCCCAGCACGGUUCAGCCGGAGAGCAAACCAGAAGAAGCGUCUGCUCCGAAGGACGUGGCCAGCCAGGCUUCCCCCCCGGCCUCCCUGUCCCCUGUCAGUGCUGCAAAGCCCCCCAGGACAAACACCUCCUCACCUUCUGCUCAAGCCAGUGCAGCUCCUGCUCUGUCGACACAGGAGCCUCGCAAGCUCAGCUACGCCGAGGUUUGCCAGAAACCCCCCAAGGAGCCGCCCCCCGUCCCCGUCCAGCCCCUGCGGGAACAUCGCGCCAACAUCGUCCCCCCUGCCAAGGCCGAGGAGGACGGACCGGCCGAGAGGGCUCCGGAGAAGGUUCCUCCUCCUGAGAAGGCCGAAGGUCGGAUGAAGGAUUACUCCGGGUUCCGUGGAGCUCCCAGGGGAGGAGCCGCCGGGAAAAUCAGGGAACAGAGGCGCCAGUUUGGCCGCAGAUCUUCGCCUCAGGGAGCCCCGCGGCGCGUGGGGAAGGAGCAGUUUGUGCCACCGCGGUCACCAAAGUAACGCCGGGCCAUCCUAACCAUCCCCUGGUUCAUCGGAGCUGUUGGACUGAGAGGAGCAGCAGAGAACUGGGAAAAGGAGGAGGAAGGAAGGAUUCGGGAAGGGGAAU